CUUUGUAUUCGCACAACACUUUACGCGAGUCUUCUCUCUGCAACUCACAUCUUUUCUUUCCAGAAGUAGGGCUUUGCUCUACCUUCACAUAUACCUUCUCUACCAUUGUCUACCAUUCACCCUUUGCUUCUGUCAGUGUCACAACCUCCACAACCAUGCCAGCCCCCAAUUCUUCGAAGACCGACUCAGCGUCCUCGUUGCCGUCACCUCCGGGAGCCAAAACACCCUCGUCCUCGAACGCGGUGCAUCCAUUCUUUACACCACGCCGAAUCCUUAACGGAAUAGGAAGCAAUGCCAGAUCGGCAUGCGCACAUCUGCUUUCACCAGAAGAGUCUCCGUCGCAACGGUGCAGCAAGCGGGUUCGCCUGAGCAGAGAUGAGAGUCCGUCACCAACCCAGAAUCUUGAACGGGGAGCGGAGUCGAAACUAGAGGCCGAGAUGGAAGAAGAGGAACCAAAGGCUGCUCCGAGAGAGAUGCCACCUUCCCUUCAGUACCAUCUUUUCAUGAAGAGUAUGGACGGGUUCUACAAUCCAGCACUCGGGCGCACCAGUUUCUACCCCGGAAACUGGGCUACGCAACCACUCAACUUCUACUCCCGGCCGGUGGACGAGCUCCCCAUCUCUUCGAACGAGGAUCAAUGUUUGCCAUUCAGUACCGCCGCCUGCAACCGUAGUUCGUUGGUGGCCAUCGGUGACGAAAUGGGCCGUGUGCGUCUAGUCGAGACCGCCAAAGACGAAAAGCCAGGAUUCAUAAAGGAGUUCCUCUCCUUCCAGUGCCACGAAAAUGCCAUCUUCGAUAUGUCGUGGUCUCCGGACGACCUCCAGCUCGCCACGGCGUCCGGAGACCAGUUGUGCCGCGUCUUUGACGUCACCAAGCAGACACAGCUGUACCAGCUGAAGCAGCACCAGAACAGCGUCAAGCAGAUCGCAUACAACCCGCACAACCCGUUCAUGCUUGCGUCCAGUGCGCGCGAUGGAACCCUCAACAUCUGGGACUUGCGUGUGGCAGGAACGAAGAUCUCGGAAGGUCGCGAUGUCGUCACGGUCCUGCAGCCGGUCGAAUGCAUCCGUGGGGUCCAUACCACAGCCGGUCGAAAGCCGAAGGUGAACUCCGUCACAGCGGCGGUGUGGAUGAACGAGCACCGUGUGGCGACCACCUGCGAGCACGAUGCGCAAAUCAAGGUCUGGGAUCUCCGCUCGCGCGUCUUCCGCAAGAAGAAUCCGCAGGCAGUCGAGAGCUCCGCGUUGCCGCCAAACCAGUACAGAGAUUACGGCAUCAGCUCGCUCACGAUCUCGCCCGACGGCCAGAGGAUGUACGCCGUGUGCAAGGACUCCAACGUCUACGCGUACGCGCCCCGCCAUCUCUCCAAGGGCCCGAUCCACGCCUACAGCCAUCCGCGUCUGCACGCCGAAACUUUCUACGUCAAGUGCGACAUCAGCCGCGAUGGUAAAUUCCUCGCCACCGGCUCGUCCGAUCAGGUCGGCGUCGUGUUCCCGACCGAAGAGCGUUACUUCAACCCCCGUGUCUCCGCCAACUUCAGAUAUAAGGACGGAGAACAUGCUCUCGCCAGCACCCUCAAGGUCGGAAAGGGCGUGGCCCUCGUUCGUGGUCACGAUAGGGAGGUUACCGACGUUGCCUGGACCAUGAACCACGAUCUCGUUACCGUCUCCGACGGCUGUCAGGCCCGCUGCUGGAGGCAGGACGGUAACGGAUUCGAGGCUGAGGAUAUGAGAGACGGUGGUGAGACUAACGGUAGGAGGUGGGGCUGGGGCUGGGCGCAGAGGAAUUAGAUGCCGGCCCGAUUUGCUCUUCUGCUUUCCUUUGACUUUUACUUUUCCUUCUACUCUUUCUUGUCCAUAGGGAUCGCUCUUUCCUGCCAUCCUUUACCUUUCUUUUUCUUUCUUCUUUUUCUUUUUCUUUCUUUUUCUUUCUUUCCUGUCUAGGGAUCGCUCCAUAUCAUAUCCGUGUUUGUAUUAUUAGGGUGUU